AUAAACAGCGCUUUCAUUUUUGGUGCAAAGCUUUUUAUGCCAACUGGCACUACCCCACACUACUAGUCCCUAUAAAUAGCAUCAAGCAUUUCCCACCCUUUUCUCAACAAGAACCAUAACAUAUAUACUUCUCUUCUUCUUUUCCUCUAGAAGAAGAAUGGCAUCAAUGUCGGCCUCAGGUUCAUGGAGUGCCAAGGACAACAAGGCCUUUGAGAGGGCACUGGCUGUCUAUGACAAGGACACUCCUGACCGUUGGAAUAACGUCGCCAACGCUGUUGGCGGCGGCAAGACCCCCGACGACGUCAAGACCCACUAUGAGCUUCUUCUUCGAGAUAUUAAGUUCAUUGAAUCUGGCCAAGUUCCAUUUCCAUACCACAAAAAUCUUAAUCCAACCUCUCAACAAGAAGAUGACAACAAUAGGCUUAAGAAUCUAAAGCUAAAUUAAUGCCCAAACACUAUCAUCAUCAACCUCUAAUUUCGGACCGACGUAACCAANNU